CUCUAAAAAUAGAGGAAAUACGAAAUGUCAUUGUCAUAUCGAAUUUUUGUCCUAAUAAGAUUUUUUUUGUGGAAUUGUUUUUCAAAGAUUCGAUAGGCCCCUAGGGGGUUCGAAAUAUCGUGUAGACAGUGCAAAAUGUCGGUGAGAGCUGUAGGCACGCGUAUACUAAAACAUGGUACAUCGCUCAUUCGUCACAUUUGCAACAAACGAAACAUCAACACUAUUACCGACAAAAUUAAUGCAGCUCAACAAGUUGCUCCCAAACCCAGAGAGUAUGUCGGCAAUCAAGUGAUCCAGAGAGGAUUCGGCUUGAGAAAUGUUGGUGUGCAAAUAGGGUUGCAAGCAAGACGAAUCCUCAUAGAUAACGUUCUGAACAGAGUCACCAAUAGCCUUGCAUCGGAUUUGAGGAAGCGAGCGGCUAGAAGGAUUUUUUAUGGAGAUUCUCGACCGUUUUUUGCAUUAGUUGGAGUUAGUUUGGCCUCCGGUACUGGAAUACUAACUAGGGAAGAAGAACUUGAAGGUGUUUGUUGGGAAAUAAGGGAAGCAGUGUCUAAAAUUAAAUGGCAUUACCAUGACGUCAAUUUGGAUGAAUCAAAAUUUGGAAAUACUCCUCUCACUCUCAACGACUUUUGCUUCGGUAAACCGAUAGCAAAAGGCUCAAAUGCAGUUGUUUAUGCUGCUAAAAUAUCUAGCGAACAAAGCAGUACAUCAUCUGAACCUGUAACAGGACCUAUCAAGGUUAAAACUGAGGAUAGCAGUGAUAUAACAAAAUUUCCUUUGGCAUUGAAGAUGAUGUUCAACUAUGAUAUUCAGUCCAACUCUAUGGCUAUUCUGAAGGCUAUGCAUAGAGAGACUGUGCCUGCUAGGUUGUAUUACAGCAAUGUUGAAAUUUCUGAUUGGGAAAAUGAAAUGUCCAUGAGAAAUAGACAAUUGCCACCUCAUCCAAAUGUUGUAGCAAUCUUUUCAGUCUUUACCGAUUAUGUUCCUGAGCUGGAAGACUGCAAGGGCUUGUAUCCAGCUGCUCUUCCUAAAAGAAUCCAUCCAGAAGGAGAGGGAAGGAACAUGUCUUUAUUUUUACUCAUGAAAAGGUAUAAUACCAAUCUGCAAGAUUUCAUAACCUCUUCCUCACCGUCCAAUAGAACUUCUAUUUUACUCUUCACUCAGCUGUUGGAGGGCAUCACACACUUAUCUAGACAUAGCAUUGCCCACCGUGACCUCAAAUCAGACAACAUUUUGUUGGACACCUCAGAACCGGAAACCCCAAUCCUGGUUAUCAGCGACUUUGGCUGCUGCCUCGCGGAUAAAUCUCAUGGGUUGACUUUGCCUUAUACUAGUUAUGAUGUCGAUAAAGGUGGAAAUACAGCUCUUAUGGCUCCAGAAAUCAUUGGUCAACAGCCAGGCACUUUCAGUGUCCUGGACUAUAGGAAAUCAGACUUGUGGGCUGCAGGUGCCUUGGGGUACGAGAUAUUUGGCCACGUCAAUCCCUUUUACGAGAAUCAGGAUCAACAAAAGUUGAGAAGCAUUGAUUAUGAGGAGAAAAAAUUGCCCCCUUUGUCGGAAGGAGUGCCUUUUAUUAUUAAGGCAUUGAUCGGGAAUAUUUUGCAGCGCAAACCUAAUAAGCGUCUCGAUCCGGAAGUAGCUGCAAAUGUAUGUCAGCUGUUUUUGUGGGCUCCAAGUUCAUGGCUCAAAUAUGACACAAAGUUGCCAUCAAGCGCCGAGAUCCUCCAAUGGUUGCUAAGCCUAACAACAAAGGUUCUGUGCGAAGUCAGAAUUAACAACGAAGCUUUUUCUCGGUCUGCGAGGUCAGAUCAAGACAAAGCUAGAUCAGAGGAAAAUACAAGAAGCGGUCGUAGGACUUAUCCCGAGUAUCUGCUGAUUUCUAGUUUUCUGGUGAGAGCCAAGAUAUCCAAUAUAAAAGCGGCUCUUUCCUGGAUUCAAAGUAGCAAUUAUGAGGUAGAUUACUGAUCAAUAUGGAUAUAUUAUACUGGAUAUUGGGUUGUAUACUUUUGAAUUGUCCUUUAGAUAUCUUUUAUUUAUUACCCUCAAGUAUUUUUAGGUUUCAUGAGUUGUUGUAUUCAAAGAUAGACUGUUGAAAUGUGAUUUAUGGUUGAAAAAAAUUGAGUUAUUUAGUAUUUUAAAAUUGAAAUGUUCAAGAACAUGUAAAGUGAAAAGGAAAUAUUGAUUGAUAAAUAAAUUUUAGUUUAUUUU